AUGCCCCGUCUCGAGCAGCCACCACCGGAAGACUUUCGUCGUGUUUUGCGCGAAAAGGCCUUAAGUCAUAGUUUGUUUUACCUGAAGCUCGGCGCAGGAGUGCCUCCAGGGCAGGCCAAAGAGCAAGCGUCUUUGUCGAGGCGAGCGAGCGACAGUACGGGCAUGCGUGCGCCGCCGACCGCGCGCGUCUCUCGACACGCGCAACCGCGCGUCUCGGAACUACUUCGACGAUUUGAACCUGGUCCGAUGCAAUAUCUACGUAUACCACGCGCUUCCAGUCCUCAUGAAGAUAUCAGCUCGUCAGAUGAUGAUGACAGAGCAGCUGUGAGGCGUCGCAGCCGAGAUCUGAGUGACGACUCGGCGGUAGAAGUGGAACCGAGAAGACGGCAUUCGCACCCUCGCGAUAUAACCCCACCGCCGGACGCUAUGUCGCCUAGACGGGAGAUGACGUUGAUAGAAGCUCAUGUAGUGGAACUAGGCAGGCGGGGCAGCGAAGGGUGCGAGACAAGGGGCAGGUGUGUGAGAACCCCAAGCGUGGUGGUCAGUGAUUAUUCUGAUGGUGUGGCAGUGGGCGCUACAGAGGAGGAGGUGGAUUGGCUAAGGUCGAGGUCUCUGUCAGCAGAUUCAGCAUGCUCGUCGUGCUCUACUCUCUCCAGCCGCGAUGAUGAGGAAUUCGAGUCUCCAACGCUACCCAAAAAGGCAAGUCUUUUGUUAUUAUUU